AUGGACGCCCCGUCUCCCUCAGCAAGCAUUGAUCCCGCCUCUCUGGCUAUGACCGGCUACUCUCAGUCUUUUCCCGCCACCCCGCCCCAGUCGGAACACGCUGCCAGUCCUCCUCCAGAGGCAGCCGACCAACAGAAGAAGAAGAGGAAAGCAUGGGGUCAACCAGUUCCUGAAAUCAAACAGAUCCUCCCCCCACGUAAGCGGGCUAAGACCGCCGAAGAAAAGGAACAACGGAAGAACGAAAGAAUUCUUCGAAAUCGAAGAGCCGCUGACAAGUCUCGGCAACGUCAGAAGGCCGCUGUCGCGGACCUCGAAGUCCGACAGAUUCGGAUCGAGCAGGAGAACGCUUCGUUGCGCGACCUUGUCGCUCGAUACCAGUCUCGCUUCGGCGUCCAAGCUGAUUUUCCAGCCCCGUCUUUGGCUGAGCCUUCGUCAAUGGACUUCGACUUGGACUCGACGCCAGCGCCUGUGGACGUCAAGACAACUUACAACACACCCUCAUACGCACCAUCACCCUCCGAAGCGGCCGAAACCGUAUCAAAUCACCCCACCCUAGUUGAAUCUGAAGAUCUACCUACCCUCAAACAUGAAUCCCCAGUCCUCGCCCCUCAAUUGAACCUCAUCAACGACCACGCCGAAGCUGACCAUUCUGCUUCUAUGGCGACGUUCGGCAGCUUCGCCCCUGUCUCCGUGUCAACCGGACACAUGGGCUAUCAGCCUGCCAUCGUUCCCAUCCAAUCAGACUUCUCAGCUUGGGCUCAGUUACCUCCUUCAAGUAUUCCAGACCUUGACGAUAUUUCAAACCUUCUCAACGACAACUCUCUUGCCGAUCUACAAUCUCUUCCAGAUUUUGGCACAGAGAUUAUCCAAGACCUCGACGGAACAGGAUUUCUCCUCCAUCCUGACCAACUUCCCACUAAUUCAUUCUUUGAUUUCGAUGCCUUCGACACCGACCAGACCAGCAGUCUUCCGCAUGAAACUUCUGAGCCGACUUCUCGCAUGCAGCCCACACAUGGCGCGCCUAUUACUGGCAGCGACAGACCGGGCUUUGCAGCAAGUAGUUAG